GUGCGCUGUUGUGAAUAUCACAGCAUCGUGUGUGUGUGUGUGUGAAAGAGAGAGAGCAUUUUAUUAGUUUACCGUUUUAAAAAUUGUAAAUAUCCUAAUGAAAUUAUAAAUUUAUUAAAUUCAGAAUUAUCUAGAGGCGCAGUGAGGAUGUCGGACAGAGGAGAAGUGGAUCUGACCGGAGCCAAACUAAACACAGGGGUCUGGCUGGUUAAAGUACCCAAGUAUUUGUCUCAGCAGUGGGCCAAAGCGCCAGGAAGAGGAGAAGUGGGAAAACUCAGGAUUGGAAAGAAUCAGGGGAAGGCAGAGGUGUCCUUCAAGCUGAACGAGGAGCUGACGGCGAUAGACAGCAUAAGCGAGAAGGCGUCCAUGGUGCGAGCGCCUCGUGAUCACCCGUUCACCCUGCAGACGGUCGGCGGACAGACCCUGGCUGUUUACACGGAGACGUCCUCAGACAAAAUAGCGCUGGAGGGCGUAGUGGUGCAGCGAGCCGAGUGCAGGCCAGCCGCCAACGAGCACUACAUGAGGUUGAAGAGGUUACAGAUCGAGGAGUCGUCGAAACCCCACCGGUUCUCUCAGCAGCUGGACAAAGCCGUCACCACUAAUUACAAACCAGUGGCCAACCACGCUUAUAACCUGGAUUACGAGAAAAAGAAAAAGGAAGAGGGGAAAAGGGCACGAGCAGACAGGCAGCAGGUGUUGGACAUGCUCUUCUCUGCCUUUGAGAAGCACCAGUAUUACAACAUUAAAGACCUCGUGGACAUCACCAAGCAGCCUGUGAGUUACCUGAAGGAGAUCCUGCGUGACAUCGGUAUCUACAACGUGAAGGGAACGCACAAGAACACCUGGGAGCUGAAACCCGAGUACAGACAUUACCAGAAUGAGGAGAAGGAUGACUGAGCAGCUCUGCAGUGGUGUGACCGCUUUCCUCGUCUCACUAUAAUGGAGGCAGGAAGGAGAACGAUCAUCAUGGAAACAAAACCUUAAUCUCCGUAUAGUGAAAUCUGACUACUUGUUUAGAGACGCAGCUUUUAAAGUUGGAUGUUUUUAAUGCUUUUUAUUCAAGAUUUUUUUUUUUUUUGUAGUUUGAGUGGUUUUGAAGGAGGAUGUUGUAGAGCAGAAGUUAAACCCAUUCAGUGUUUAUUUUACAUUCAGGUUUGAUGUACUAAAUGCACAACUCAAAUAAAAUGUCUAGUACAAGA